AUGGUCGCCGACCGCCAUGGCGCCAACGCCAUCUCCGACACCGUGAUCCCUAGCGCAAGAAGCGUGGAGGAGACAGACCAGAUCAACGGGGAUGUCGUUGCCACCAUGAUCACCGUCACCGUAGACGACAACGACAAUGAGCUGUUGAAUAAUGUAGAAUCCACAAAGGACGAUGACGACCGCGGCACGAUGGAGUGCUCCACCCCAAUCUCCCGGAGCCAUUCUUCCGCUCGCAAGAAGCGCGGCGCGUUCAGCCUCUUCCGGGCGAUGUUCCAGUCGUCCUUCGGCCGGAGCGACAGCAUGAAGAAGACGGACUGUGCCACGAGCCCCAAGAAGAAGGCCGUCGCGGCCGGUGCCGACGACGACGGCGAACCUGUCGGAGGAGACUCGCCGUCGUGGAAGACCCUAGUGGAUGGCGUGCGCCCGCUCCGCCUCCGCGGACAGGAGCUGGAGUACUACCCGCCGCCGCCGCCGCUGGGCCACCCCGACGAGGUCGGCAUGACCAGCCGCUACGCGUCCGCGGUGGACCUGCACCACAUGGACAUCGGCGGCGAGGAGGAAGAGGAUGCUCCGGCGGCGGAAGCUGGCGACCCCAACUCCAUUGACAUGCAGGCGGAGGAGUUCAUCGCCAAGUUCUACGAGCAGUUCACGUCGGAGUCGUUCGACGGCCGUGCCUCCGAGUAAUCCAUUGAUCGAUCCGCUUCGCAUGCAUGUAACAUAUUUUGAUCCUACAUUGCAAUUGCAUGACUGGGGGAUGGGAUAAUUCAGUGCUGAUCACGAUGAAAUGUCUUAGCUGUCGCAUCGAGAAACAGUUCCCUCUACUGCUCCGCUACAUCAU